CGAGGACUCUCCACUCAGUGCCUGCGGCACGGUGAGGCAGCUCACAGAUGCAUCGUCACAUGAUCCUUGUCUUCUGUGUCUCUGCCUUCGGUUUGGGCUCGAGGCAGUCGGUUCAGCUGUCUAACUCCUCAGGUCAUUUCCUGGCCUCGCCAGGCUGUUCAUAUCUUCACACUGUGGCGGGUACAACCUGUUGCGGUGUCUGUAAGACUCGCCAGGUCGGCGGCACAUGGCUCCAGAAGUUUUCUCUGGAGUGUCGAUCGGCGGCGGCAACGCUGCGACGCUUCUGAUGCAACAGUUCGCUGUCCUGUGCCUCGCGGUGGUGGCGCUCGUUUGCGCGCACGAGUUCUUGUACCACCUCCACUCGAUCCUGAUGCCGUUCGUGUUGAGCGGGUUCCUGGUGUUCGCCGUGGAGCCCGCGGUAGACUUGGUCUACGGCUUCCUGGCCGGCCUCUCGCCGCCGCACCGCUGGUGCGGCUGCUGCUUCCCGAGGAGGUGCUGGCCGCUGCCGCGGGGCAAGCCCUCCGCGGGGCGCGACGGCGCGAGCAGCUCGCAGUCCGAGGGGGGCCCCGAGCCCGACUCCGACGCCGCCGCGGCGGAGCCCCUGCUCGGGGCCGGCGCCGCGGAGCAGCCCCGCGGCCCCCUGGAGGGCCUCUGCCGCUUCGCCGCCGUGGGCACGACGCUGCUCGUCAUGGUGAUGGUCGGCUGCGCCUUCAUCAGCCUGCUGGUCAGGGGGGCGAUGCACCUGAAGGAGAGCUGGGGCGCCUACCAGGUCGGACUGGACAAUUGGGUCAAGUGGCUGGACAUGGCGACGAUGAGCGUCUCCGGGAAGCUGAGCCUGCACCACACCAAGAGCGUAGAGGCCCAGUUCAAGGCGAUCUACAAUUACGUCCUUCUUCGAUUGCAGGAUGCGGUUUCCAUGCUGGUCAACGGCAUCGUCGCCACCGUGUCCGCAGGCAUAUCGACGUUGGUGAUGGUUUUCCUAUACGUGCUCUUCUGGCUCUGGAGGCCGCUGCCGAUCUGCGGCAACGCCAGCGCGCUCGUUCGGAACUAUCUGGUGAAAAAGACGUUUGUGUCGAGUGUCUACGGCGUCGGAGUGGCCCUGCUUUUCCUCGCGGCCGGCAAUGACCUCGCCAUGUUUUUCGGGAUGGUGUCGUUCUUCCUGAACUACGUGCCCGAGGGGCGGCCCCCACCUCCUGCACCUCGAGGAGUUCCUGGCCGGCGCGCAGCAGCUGAGCCUGGACCCGGCGGAGGUCGGGGCGAUCAUCUCCAUUCUCGCCCCGGCGCCGGUGGGGGGGGGGGGGGCGCGGAUUCUCUUGGACGGCCGCCUGCAGUCGCCCGUGGCGACGCUGGGGGCCCUCGUCUUCGGGCAGGUGCUCCUGAAGCUGGCGAUCAACAACGUCCUGGAAGUAAAGCUCAUCGAGCACGACCGCGAGAUGAGCAUCCAUCCUGUCUGGGUCCUCCUGAACCUCAACUACUUCGGCUACGUAUGGGGUCCGAUCGGCAUGCUGGUGAGCGUGCCACUGCUGGCAAUGUUGAAGAGUGCGGCGCUAUCCCUUGCAUGCGACACUGACGAUGCUCUAGCAGGUUGGGCUGAAGCCGCGCUAUCUAUUUUGGAGGGCCGCCCUGGGACAUGCUGUCGCACGUCGAAGGCAGCCAUUGGCACAUGCCGAGAGUCAGCCUCGAGCCAAAUUGCGCCUCCAGCCUCGGAGUUUGACAAGGGGCAGGAGGGCGGCUUAGAUGUAUCUGCUGACGAGGGAGCGCGCGAUAACGGCCAGCCCAGCGUCCGCUCGGAGAUCGUCUGAUCACAAAAGGGAUCAUCGCCAUCUCCGAUUCCGUCGCGCCGUCAUCCCCGAUCUCCUCGGUUGGGCCAUGCGCUUCGUCUUUUGAAUCGUCGUUACCUGCGCUUUCCACCAGUUGUGUCUCUGCGUCUGUUCCUCUUCAUUCCCUUCACCUGGAUAC